GAGGGCCGCACUCGCAGUCUCCCGCUGCAGCUGGCGCCGCCCGCCUGUCCCGGCUGCUUCCCUUCGGCCCCAGCGAGUCCAGCUCCUCCCGAGCAACUUUGCACCGAGCCCAGAGGGCCAAGGGCGUCGCGGCCCCGCGUGCGGCCCACUUGCGGGCUAGAUGGACUCCAGCGCCCCUCCGAGCCCCCUCGGCGCACAGCCUCCACCACCCCUGCUGCCCCAGGCCCGCCCGCGGCUCAAUGGCACUUCCUCGGUGAGACAGGAGAAGAAUGGGGAGCCCCAAGCUCCUGGGCCCCAGCUCAGACCUGGAGCAGAUGUGGGAGAUGGAGCAGCGCCCACGGUGCCCCAGGCCCUUCGUGCCAGGAGCCGAGAAAGAGUGGACAGAACAGGGCCCGCGAAGGGAGACGCGGAAAUCCCCUUUGAAGAAAUCCUGGAGAAAGCCAAGGCCGGGGACCCCAAGGCGCAGACGGAGGUGGGGAAGCACUACCUGCAGCUGGCCGGGGACGCGGACGAGGAGCUCAACAACUGCACGGCCGUGGGCUGGCUGACCCUGGCCGCCAAGCAGGGCCGCCGCGAGGCCGUCAAGCUGCUCCGCCGGUGCCUGGCGGACCGAAAAGGCAUCACUUCCGAGAACGAGCCGGAGGUGAGGCGGCUGUCCUCCGAGACCGACCUGGAGCGGGCCGUGCGCAAAGCGGCCCUGGUCAUGUACUGGAAGCUCAACCCCAAGAGGAAGCAGCAGGUGGCCGUGUCCGAGCUGCUGGAGAACGUGGACCAGGUCAACGAGCACGACGGAGGGGCACAGCCGGGCCCCGUGCCCAAGUCACUGCAGAAGCAGAGGCGGGUGCUGGAGCGCUUGGUCAGCAGCGAAUCCAAGAGCCACAUAGCGCUGGACGACUUCGUGGAGAUCACCAAGAAGUAUGCCAAGGGCAUCAUCCCCCCCAACCUGUGCCUGCAGGACGAGGAGGACGACGACGAGGAGCUGGCCGGCAAGAGCCCCGAGGACCUGCCCCUGCGCCUGAAGGUGGUCAAGUACCCCCUGCACGCCAUCAUGGAAAUCAAAGAAUACCUGAUCGAAAUGGCCUCCCGGGCGGGCAUGCACUGGCUCUCCACCAUCGUGCCCACCCACCACAUCAACGCCCUCAUCUUCUUCUUCAUCAUCAGCAACCUGACCAUCGACUUCUUCGCCUUCGUGGUGCCCCUGGUCGUCUUCUACCUGUCCUUCCUCUCCAUGGUGAUCUGCACCCUCAAGGUGUUCCAGGACAGCAAGGCCUGGGAGAGCUUCCGCACCCUCACCGGCCUGCUGCUGCGCUUCGAGCCCAACCUGGACGUGGAGCAGGCCGAGGUCAACUUCGGCUGGAACCACCUGGAGCCCUAUGUCUACUUCCUGCUGUCCGUCGUCUUUGUCAUCUUCUCCUUCCCCAUCGCCAGCAAGGACUGCGUCCCCUGCUCGGAGCUGGCCGUCGUGUGUGUCUUCUUCACCGUCACCAGCUACAUGAGCCUGAGCACCUCCGCCGAGCCCUACACCCGGAGGGCCCUGGUCACCGAGGUGGCCGCUGGCCUGCUCUCCCUCCUGCCCUCCCUGCCCUUCGACUGGCGCUGUCUGAAGCUCCUGGGCCAGACCUUCUUCACCGUGCCCGUCGGCCACUUCGUUGUGCUGAACGUCAGCAUCCCCUGCCUGCUCUACGUCUACUUGCUGUUCCUCUUCUUCCGCAUGGCCCAGCUGCGGAACUUCAAGGGCACCUACUGCUACCUGGUCCCCUACCUGGUCUGCUUCAUGUGGUGCGAGCUCUCCGUGGUCAUCCUGCUCGAGUCCACUGGCCUGGGGCUGGUCCGCGCAUCCAUCGGCUACUUCCUCUUCCUCUUCGCUCUCCCUAUCCUGCUGACCGGCCUGGCGCUCAUGGGCCUGGUGCAGUUUGCCCGCUGGUUCGUGUCCCUGGAGCUCACCAAGAUCGUGGUCACCCUGGUGGUCUGCAGCGUCCCCCUGCUGUUCCGCUGGUGGACCAAGGCCAACUUCUCAGUGGUGGAGAUGGUCAAGUCCCUGACGCGCAGCUCCAUCGUCAAGCUCAUCCUGGUGUGGAUCUCGGCCGUGGUGCUGUUCUGCUGGAUCUACGUGUACCGCUCGGAGGGCAUGAAGGUGUACAACUCCACGCUGACCUGGCCGCAGUAUGGCUCCCUGUGCGGGCCACGGGCCUGGAAGGAGACCAACAUGGCACGCACCCAGAUCCUGUGCAGCCACCUGGAGGGCCACAGGGUCACCUGGACGGGCCGCUUCAAGUACGUGCGGGUGACGGACAUCGACAACAGCGCCGAGUCGGCCAUCAACAUGCUCCCGCUGUUCAUUGGCGACUGGAUGCGCUGCCUGUACGGCGAGGCCUACCCAGCCUGCAGCCCCGGCAAUGCCUCCACGGCCCAGGAGGAGCUCUGCCGACUCAAGCUGCUGGCCAAGCACCCCUGCCACAUGAAGCGGUUCGACCGCUACAAGUUCGAGAUCACGGUGGGCAUGCCCUUCGGCGCCAACGGCCCCCGCGGCCCGGAGGAUGACGACGUCACCAAGGACAUCGUGCUGCGGGCCAGCAGCGAGUUCAAGGACGUGCUGCUCCGCCUGCGCCAGGGCAGUCUCGUCGAGUUCAGCACCGUCCUGGAGGGCCGCCUGGGCAGCAAGUGGCCCGUCUUCGAGCUCAAGGCCAUCAGCUGCCUCAACUGUAUGGCCCAGCUGUCGCCCGCCCAGCGGCAUGUGAAGGUCGAGCAGGACUGGCGCAGCACUGUGCACAGUGCCGUGAAGUUCGCCUUCGACUUCUUCUUCUUCCCCUUCCUGUCGGCCGUGUGAAGACGCGUCCCCGGCGGGGGUGCGGUGUCGGGCCGGCCACAACCAGGGCACCCCUCCCAGGCGGCCGCAGUCAGGCAGCGCAGCGCUAACGCUGAGUCCGUGUGCGUGUGUGCGCUCGUGUGUGCGCUCGCGUGUGCACGUGCAGUCGGGUCGCCUCUGCGAAUGGCUGGCGGCCGUAGCUCUGUCCCUUGGAAUGCCUGGUGUCGUUGGCAAUUGCAUGCACGGUCUUGACCCCCGUCCUGACCUUCCCAAGUGCAGCUGGUGUUCCAGACGGGACCGGAUCCCUGUCCUGAGAACACUGCACUGGCUGCUCCCUCCCCCGCCCCUCCGAGCACUCCGGCCCCUUCCUCACUACUGUGUUGGAUUUGGUUUUUGAAUGUGCUGCUGUGUAAACACAACAAAACACUUCUUAUUUAUUUGGUUGCUGCUAAGCCUGGACAGCUGUUUGCCGGUCCCGUGGGCUCUCUGCAGAGCGCCCUGAACAGUCAUGUGGUCAAGGCGCUGCCUGGCUCCUUCCAGACCAGAGGCUGGGGAAGCAGCUGCCCCAGGCGGGCACAGCGUGUCCACGCUGGGCCCUGGGCCCACAGCUUGCCUCGCGCGUCUCCUCUCUGGUGGGGAGUGGGUGAGUCUGUGAGGGUCUCGCAUGAAUCCACCAGGACUGGAAGAUAGAACCUGGGGGUGUCCCUUCCAGCCCUUGGAAGAGCUUACCAUGUUCCGUCACGGGGAGCAAAGGCAGGGUCCUAGAGCAGCCAAAAUAAAAGCCUGUGAUGGAAUCUGCGGUCCUUC